GUAACACGCCAUCUUCCGGCAAUCCGCGACCAUUUGCAAGUCAUUGUCGGCAAUUUUCCAUAUUAUUAGUUUUCUAACAACUUAAAUAAAUAUGCGGCUCAACAUUACGUCUGCAGCCGGAAUAAUAGCUCUACUAGAUGAGCCAGAGCAUCAAGUUAAGGAUUUUGCUCUGAAAAAACUUGAUCAAGUUGUAGAUCAUUUCUGGCCCGAAAUAUCUGAGUCUGUGAGCAAAUUAGAAAUGCUAUAUGAAGAUGAAACGUUUGUCCAUCGUAAACAAGCUGCCUUAUUGACGUCGAAAGUGUAUUAUCAUUUGGGGGCUUUUGAAGAUGCUGUUGCCUUUGCAUUGGGAGCAGAUAAUCUAUUCGAUGUUAAUUCCACUUCCGAAUAUGUAGAAACAAUGAUAACUAAGUGUAUAGAUCAGUAUACAAAACUGCGCCGUCAUAAUUAUGAGUCAAAUGAGAAGAAAGAUAUUGAUCCGAAACUUGAGGGUAUUGUUAACAGAAUGUUUGAAAGAUGUCUUAAACAUAGCCAAUUCAAACAAGCAAUUGGUAUUGCCUUUGAAACUUACCGAACAGAUGUAUUCGAACAGGCUGUCUCUAAAAGUGACGACAUGAAAGAUAUUCUUACGUUUUCCCUUAAAGUGUGUAUGUCAUUAAUCCAAAAUAGACAGUUUCGUAAUACAGUCCUGAGAAAAUUAGUGGAUUUAUAUAUGGCUUUGAACAUCCCAGCUUUUAUCAACGUCUGUCAGUGUUUAAUUUUCUUGGGUGAUUCUCAAGCUGUAGCUGAUAUAUUGGAAAAACUGCUAGGAGGAAGUGAGGAAGACCUUUUAAUGGCUUAUCAGAUCUGUUUUGAUCUUUAUGAGAGUGCUACGCAGCAAUUUGUUCAGCAAGUUCAAUCAGCUUUAAAACCAACUCCAUCCGGUGAAGAGACAGAAGAAAGUGUUACAGUUACAAAAGAAAACACUGAGAAGCGUGAUAAACUUUUAAAUAUUCUAAGUGGAGAAAAAACUAUCGAAUUGCACCUUCAAUUCCUUAUCAGAAAUAAUCACGGGGAUAUGCUUAUCCUGAAGAACACAAAGGAGUCUAUUAGAAAUUCUAUUUGCCACAAUGCAACAGUUAUGGCUAAUUCUUUUAUGCAUUAUGGAACCACAUCUGAUCAAUUUUUGAGAGAAAAUUUGGACUGGUUAUCUAGAGCAACAAAUUGGGCUAAAUUUGCUGCAACAGCAAGUUUAGGCGUUAUACACCGAGGCCACGAAAAGAACGCCAUGCAAUUCAUGUCAACAUAUUUGCCAAAAGAAAGCGACUCAUCUUCGUCCUAUUCGGAGGGAGGAGGUUUAUACGCCUUGGGAUUAAUUCAUGCAAACCAUGGUGCGGCAGUAAUUGAUUACCUACUGCAACAACUAAAUAACUCUACAUCAGAAGUUGUGAAACAUGGAGCUUGUUUAGGAUUGGGUCUUGCUGCCAUGGGAACAGCUAGGCAAGACUUGUAUGAACAGUUAAAGUCAGCUUUGUACCAAGAUGAUGCUGUAACUGGUGAGGCUGCAGCUUUAGCCAUGGGUUUAGUUAUGUUGGCAACGAAUAACAGUUCAGUGAUUGAAGAUAUGAAAGGAUAUGCAAGUGAAACACAGCAUGAGAAAAUAGUUAGAGGGCUAGCUGUUGGAAUGUCUCUGACAGUUUACGGUCGCUUAGAAGAGGCUGAUGUUAUCAUAGCCGAUUUGAGUAUGGAUAAGGAUCCUAUUUUAAGAUGGUCAGCUAUGUACAUGAUCGGUUUGGCCUAUGCUGGUACUGGAAGUAAUGAAGCUAUAAGACGACUGUUGCAUGUAGCUGUUAGCGAUGUGAACGAUGAUGUCAGAAGAAUAGCUGUUACUUCAAUCGGAUUUAUCCUUUUCAGAUCAGCUGAUCAAUGUCCUAGCGUCGUGUCUCUAUUAUCAGAAAGCUAUAAUCCACAUGUCAGAUUCGGAGCUGCUCAAGCUCUUGGUAUUGCUUGUGCUGGAACUGGUCUGAAAGAAGCUCUUGCACUCUUAGAGCCAUUAACUAAUGAUCCUACAAACUAUGUUCGCCAAGGAGCUUUAAUAGCAUCAGCAUUAGUUCUAAUUCAACAAAACGAAACUACAUGUCCGAAGUCAGCAACUUUUAGGCAAAUGUAUUCCAAGGUAAUAGGAGAUAAACAUGAAGAUGUAAUGGCGAAAUUUGGUGCCAUUUUAGCUCAAGGAAUUAUUGAUGCUGGUGGUCGAAAUGUUACGGUAUCUUUACAGUCGAGAACAGGUCAUAUGUCUGCUCCUGCCGUAGUUGGCUUAUUAAUUUUCCAGCAAUAUUGGUAUUGGUAUCCCCUUGUUCACUUUUUAAGCUUAGCAUUCCACUCAACAGCACUUAUUGGAUUGAAUGCUAAAUUAGAUAUGCCUAAAUUGCAAUUUAAAUCUAACGCAAAAAGUUCGACCUUUGCUUAUCCGCCUAUGCUUGAGGAGAAAAAAGAUAAGAAGGGCGAGAAGGUUGAAACUGCUAUUCUCUCAAUCACGGCUAAGCAAAAGAAAAAGGAGGAAAAGAAAAAGACAGAAGAAAAAAUGGAAGUAGAUGAACCCGAGGUUAAAGAAGAAAAAGAAAAGGAAAAAGAGAAGGAAAAGGAGAAAGAGAAAGAGAAAGAGAAGGAAAAAGAAAAAGAGAAGGAGAAGGAGAAGGAUCGAGAAGUAAAGAAAGAAGCGAACCACGAAAUGUUGGACAAUCCAGCACGAGUUAUGAGAAGCCAAUUAGCCGUCAUGACUUUGCCUCAAAAUUCAAAAUAUUCGCCUUUGAAAAAUAUCUCUAUAGGGGGCAUAAUAAUGUUGAAGAACAAACGGGCGGAUGAACCAGAAGAGAUCGUAGAAAUGAUGGCCACAGGAGGUCCCAAGAAAGAUGACGAAGAGGAAGAACCUGCACCACCAGAACCUUUUGCUUGGGACGAAGAUUAA